GCUCCAACGCUUCUGCCACCGCCGACCACGGCCCUGCGCCCCAGCCAGGCCUGAGGACAUGAGGCGGCCCGCGGCGGUGCCGCUCCUGCUGCUGCUGUGUUUUGGGUCUCAGGGGGUCAAGGCAGCAACAGCCUGUGGGCGCCACAGGAUGUUGAACCGAAUGGUGGGCGGGCAGGACGCGCAGGAGGGCGAGUGGCCCUGGCAAGUCAGCAUCCAGCGCAACGGAAGCCACUUCUGCGGGGGCAGCCUCAUCGCGGAGCGGUGGGUCCUGACGGCCGCACACUGCUUCCCCAACACCUCUGAGACGUCCCUGUACGAGGUCCUGCUGGGGGCAAGGCAGCUAGUGCAGCCGGGGCCACACGCUGUGUAUGCCCGGGUGAGGCGGGUGGAGAGUAACCCCCUGUACCAGGGCAUGGCCUCCAGCGCCGACGUGGCCCUGGUGGAGCUGGAGGCACCAGUGCCCUUCACCAAUUACGUCCUCCCCGUGUGCCUGCCUGACCCCUCGGUGAUCUUUGAGACGGGCAUGAACUGCUGGGUCACUGGCUGGGGCAGCCCCAGUGAGCAAGACCUCCUGCCCAAACCGCGGAUCCUGCAGAAACUCGCUGUGCCCAUCAUCGACACGCCCAAGUGCAACCUGCUUUACAGCAAAGACACCGACUUCGGCUACCAACCCAAAACCAUCAAGAAUGACAUGCUGUGCGCCGGCUUCGAAGAGGGCAAGAAGGACGCCUGCAAGGGCGACUCGGGCGGCCCCCUGGUGUGCCUCGUGGGUCAGUCGUGGCUGCAGGCCGGGGUGAUCAGCUGGGGUGAGGGCUGCGCCCGCCAGAACCGCCCAGGUGUCUACAUCCGUGUCACCGCCCACCACAACUGGAUCCAUCGGAUCCUCCCCAAACUGCAGUUCCAGCCAGCGAGGUCGGGCGGCCAGAAGCGGGACACCCGGGGCCAGGAGACCCUUGAGCAGAGCUCUGCACCCAGCCUGGCUGCCCACACCAUCCUGUUGGUCCUCCCAGCGCUGCUGUUGCACCUGUGAGCCCCAUCAGACUCCUUUGUAAAUAGCGCUCCUUCCUCCUCUCUCAAAUACCGUUAUUUUAUUUAUGCUUCUUCCAAUAAAAACCCAGCCUGUGUGCCAGCUG